AUUGGAUUGGUUAUCGCAAAAUCAGGACUCCUGGGUCCCUUGGGAAUGAAGUGAAAUUUAGUAGGUUAGGAGAAGGGAAGGGCUGAGAGCCGCGAUUUCUCGCUUCUCGGGGAGGGAACGGAGGUUUAUUAGUUUGAGAGGCGAGAAGCGCCGGGAAAUCGCGUGGCUAAAUAGAUGCCGGAACAGCGUAUGUACUGUGAGUGAGCCUUGUAUCGGGAAGUCGUGGGUUCAAAUGAUGCCUCAGCCAUGAAUUCAAGUGAUCCCCGUAGGCAGCUCUCUGUGCCUCACCCCCCUCCCCCGUAUGGGGAUAGUAGUACCUUAUUAGGCUGUUCUAAGGAUUGCAAAAUAAUGCAUGGGAGUACAUUGAACUCUCAAAAGCCCUGCAUGUCACGAUUCGUGAGCCUGAAUUCCUCUCCAUUGAAAAUCCUCUUCAUUGUGUUUGAGUUGGCAUUGGGUGAUAACAGAAACCCGCUCAGCAGCAGCCAUCACUCCGCAGUGGCUUAUUCACACAUCCAGUGGUCUAGAUUCUACUGCAAAGAACUAGGGUACGAGAACUAGGAGAGGAGGCCAGAGGGGAUCGACGAAGCAAGCUCUGCUGGGAAUCCAAGUCUGGGAGAGACCCAUGGCGGGAGAGGCAACAGGUGCCAUAGAGUAUGGUGGAAUCAUCCUUCCAGGCAUUGUCCACACUGAGGCAAGUGUUCGGUAUGCUCAUCGGAGCUUUCAGGUGCGCGACAGCGAUGUCUUCAACCUCACGUACCCCAAAUCUGGGACUACCUGGAUGCAAGAAAUUCUCUCCCUGAUCUAUAGCAAUGGGGAGCCUACACUGUCGCAGUCAGUUCCCUCCUGGGAACGGGUCCCCUGGAUUGAACAGAAGACGGCAGCUGAAUACUUGGAGAACCGGCCUAGUCCCCGUCUCAUCACCUCUCACUUGCCCCCCACAGUCUUUCCAGAAUCUUUUUUUGCGUCGCAGGCCAAGGCCAUUUAUACUGUCCGAGACCCCAGAGAUGUCUGCGUGUCACUCUAUUAUUAUGCCAAGAUGGCCUCAUUUCUGGAGCACAAGGAGGAUUUCGGCGAAUUCAUCGAGACGUUUGCUGCAGGAAAAAUUCUGUUUGGUUCCUGGUUUGAUCACGUCAAAGGCUGGUUGACUUACAGAAACCGGACAAAUUUUCUGCUUCUGACCUAUGAUGAUUUACUGCAGAACCUUCAGGACACCAUUCUCCGCAUCUGCCAAUUCCUUGGCAAAGACUUAGAUGCCUCCGCUGUGGACUCUGUUGUGGCAAACGCCUCCUUUGAGACAAUGAAGGGCAACAAGAUGGUGAAUUACAGCCUCGUCCCUGAAGAUAUUAUGGACCAAAAGGUCAGCCCCUUCCUCCGAAAAGGCAUCUCUGGGGACUGGAAAAAUCACUUCACCCCAGAACAGAGUGCUGCAUUUCAUUGUCUCUACCAGCAAAACAUGAAGGAGGUGGACAUCCGAUUUCCCUGGGAUGAACUCCAAAGCAAAAGCUAUCAGGACCCUUGAGUUUUGGAGAGGGAAAGAUCAGGACUGCAUUAUGCUACCUACUAUUGCUUCACUCUUUGCCUUGAGGACUAGCUUCCUUCCUUUGAUUUGUUAGCGUCCACUCCUUCCAUGGAAGGUAUGGGAAUGUCAACCAUAGGUGCUAUUCAGAUCCCAAUGCAAGCUUGUACUCUAAGCUGUGAGCAGUAUGAAAUAGAAGAAACCCAGAGGAUUUGUUUAUACAGUCAGAAGAAUGUGGCAACACUUUUCUAAGAAAUAUGUAGCAGUGUUUGUGUCAGGAAGACAAAUUUGGCUGCACUUUCUUUUUGAGAUGCUGGUUUUCUACCGGCAGAGAGUUUUCAUGAGAGAACAUUCCUAAGGGGAUAAUUGAAAUCCUGGGUGCUUGCUUUAGUCUAUUGUCUUAUAUAAUACUAUAUUUUUAACAUUUUUGGGCCUUUGUUUACUGGCUUAUCUGCUUUUUAUCAUGAAUAUAAAGCAAAUUUUGGGGGAGGGGAGGCAUUGACAAUAGGUGUAAAAUGUUGCCUCCCCAAACAAAUAAAUAAAACAAUAAUUGCUCUC